GGGAAGCCUGAACAGCAGGCAGUUGUGCUGAUGAAGUAGAAGAGCUGGUUUUACUUCUGUUGCAGAGCCGAAGUGCGUUUUUCACCCCACCCCCCUCCUUCGGCAGGCGGCUGCUCCAGUUUCCUUACUUGAGAAUUGUGCAACCUCUUGCUAUCAGAAAGGAAGAGGAGGGAGGGGAGAGGGGGGAAAAAAGACCCAGCUUCCUCUGCUGUUGCAGUUGUUUGCCGCCUUCGUCGCUACAGUUCUCCACCUCGCUCGGCUCCCCCCCCCUUUCUGUUCCCCAAGCUGUGAUCUCAAAUCUGUGACUCAGAGACUUGCAAUCCUGACACCGCAAAGUGCGGUUGGCGGAGAAGGCGACUAGCACCGGGGUUUUUUUCCCGCUUGGAGCAGGUACACUGCAGGACUCUGCGCAGGAAGCAGAUUGAGCGAGAGACAGGCGAAGCCACUGCAAGCGAUACUCGCCGACGCCAGUCUCCCCCCCCCUUUCCCCAAAACUUUCUUUUCCAGUAGCCUCUUGGCGUUUAGCGGAUUGCCUGGAUUUUUUUUUCCUUUUUGGCCGGGAGGAUUAGGAUUUACCAGAGGACUGAAGGAAAGAGAGAUGGGGGAACUAACCUUUUAAUCUGCUUCAGGAAAACACAGAGGGAGUGAAACCGUUGGACCUUGGCAUCCUUUUCAACUACAAAUUGGGACCCACCAUCCCUUCUAACUGCAUGGAUUAGCAGGAGGAGCCCCUUCUGUUGGCUUCAUACAUUCUAUCUUCCGUUCUGCUCUUGCGUUUGCGAUGGGUUGGUUGCUAAUCUGACUUGAAGAGGCGCUGAAUCAUGAGUCUUCAGGCUCAGCCAAAGUCUUCAAACAAAAGAGCUGGAAAGCGGGUUGCAUUUUUUAGUGAGCAAGAUGCUCUCCUGAAAGAAGCUCACCAGCAGCAGCAGCAGCAGCAGCAACAGCAGCUAAAAGAAGGACAGUAUUACGGCCACGGAGGGAAUGUGCCUCCCACCCAGUCCAUGGAGCUGACCAAGGCUGGGGUUUUCAGCAGCAUUCCCAGCAAUGCUGCAUUGCUGAAUUCAAUGUAUCAGGACAGAGGUGAGGUGAGGAUGACACCCCAGCAACUGGCUGCUGUCAAGUGGCAGAGUUCCCUAAUGGGAAACCGGCUGCCAGAGCGAAGUGAGGCAAAUUGGCAGCCUCAGCCCGGAGGGUGGAACCAUGGCAUAGUUUAUGGUGGCAGCCAGAAAGGAGGGCAUCCUAAUGCCAGCAUCACAGAUUACUAUGGCCACCCAGAUGCCCUGAAAAGAAACAGGGAGAAAGGGGGAGUGGUAUCACAGCUGGACUUGUAUGGGGAUGCUGUCCAGCAGAUGCUGUCCCAAAAGGCCCAGUUGGAACAGCAAGCAUUGGCCAGGCAGCAAGCCCAGAUGACCUCUUUCCAGCAAAUGCAGCAGCAGCAGCAGCAGCAGCAACAAAAUCAAAGCCUCUCUUUGCAACCUUUUCAGCUGGCUUUUGGUCAGCAGGGCCAGAAGCAGGGUCUUCCUGAAUUAUUGCAUGUCCUUCAACAGGCUCCUACAUCUUCCAGCCCAGCUUUUACUGCCCAGCAGAAACAGCAAGCUCUUCCACAGUUGCAGCUGUUUGAAAACUAUUAUUCCCAACAGCAGCAGCACCAUCACCACCACCAACAACAGACAGGGGUGCAGACUUUUGGCCUUCAGCCGUCAGCUUCUGUCUCACAGUCGCAUCUGGGAGCACCCCCUCAGACUGUUCAGCAUCAUAUGGUUUCCCAUCAGUUCCACCCAGUUUCUGAGAGGAAUCAGGAGUUGCUGAAGGCUCUGACAGAGCAGAACCCCCAGGCGGUUCUACCGCAGGCACAAAUCAAUCUCCCAAGGAGAUCACGCAGGCUCUCCAAGGAAGGUGUCCCACCAGUACCUUCUGGAGAAGGAACGCUGGUCUCCAAGGCAGUUGAGGAUUACCCUGGGAACAUUGUGCCAACCCACCCCUGGCCAUCACAGCAACACCCGGAAGUCCAGUUCCAACCUCAGUCUGAAAUGUUCAGUCACAAAGAAAGUUAUUCGCAACUAAGUAGGGCAGAACUAGAGCGUGGGGAUAUGCCAUCAGGGAGUCAACCGAGCCAGCCUGACAUGGAGAUGAUGGGCAUGUAUGAGAAUGCCCAAGAAGCAGGAAAACAGGUGGCUGCUGCUGAUGGCAUUGGUCCGAGAACAAACGACUUUGGUGCAGUUAGAGGAGGAGUCAUCCAGAGUACCCGAAGGAGACGGCGUAUUUCUCAAGAGGCCAACCUCUUAACUCUGGCUCAGAAAGCUGUCGAGUUGGCUUCUCUUCAGAAUAUCAGGGAACCCGAAAUGUCAGAAGAAAAAAACAAGAGUGAGGCAACAGCUGCUGCACCAAGGAGUGUUGUAGAAUUUGCCAGCUCUUCCCCAGCCUCAAAGAGAGUCCGGGAGGAUAACAGCCAUGUGCCUCUCAUUAUUCCCGUGUCUGUACCAGUGAAGAAGCGGGAUGCUCAAGAUAUCACCAGGGAAAAGGGCGAGGAUGGGAAGCAGCAGCGGUUCCUGGUUAAUGAUCAUGGGGUUGCAGACAGUAAGCCUUCUGUGAUUGUCACCCGGAGGAGGUCCAAUCGUAAUCUGAAUAUGGACUCAUCAGCUCAGCAAGAAGGCGCCGCUCCAAAAGAAGUGGAUGGUUUUGCACGGAAGCCAAAGCAACGACCGAGACCAGAACCUCUCUUCAUACCCCCCAAAGCUGGCACCUUCAUUGCUCCGCCAGUCUAUUCCAAUAUCACACCUUACCAGAGCCACUUGCGUUCACCUGUCCGUCUAGCUGAUCACCCUUCUGAUAGGAACUUUGAGCUACCUCCUUAUACUCCUCCGCCCAUUCUCAGCCCAGUACGAGAGGGCUCAGGACUAUAUUUCCAUGCUUUCCUUUCUGCUACCGGCAGUGCAGUUCCCCCUCCAAUGACGCCAAAAGCUGCGCACAGGACCCUACUCAGAUCUAACAGUACAGAAGCCACCCCACCUGUCCUCUCAGUAAUGGGAGAGUGCACUCCUGUCAGCAUUGAACCGCGGAUCAAUGUGGGGUCUCGGUUUCAAGCUGAAAUCCCACUGCUUCGAGAUCGAUCUCUGGCAGCCUCCGAUGUGGCCAAGGAGCAGUUGGUGUGGCAGCCAUGGGAGGAACUGGAAAAUAAUCCGGCAAUCCAGGAGAAUGUGGACAACCUGAUAACAGCUGCAUGUUCAAGCAUAUUUCCUGGAGGUGGUACCAAUCAAGAGCUGGCAUUUCACUGCUUACAUGAAGCAAAAGGAGACAUCGUGGCUGCUUUGACCAAAAUGCUGCUGAAGAAAUCGGUGCAUUCUCCCAGCCACCCGCUGGUAGAUUACCACUACACUGGGUCAGACAGCUGGAGUGUGGCUGAGAAGAAACACUUCAAUAAGGGAAUUGCUAUCUAUAAGAAAGACUUCUUCCUUGUCCAGAAACUUAUAAAAACCAAGACUGUGGCUCAGUGUGUGGAAUUCUACUAUACUUACAAAAAACAAGUCAAAAUAGGCCGGAAUGGGACUCUCAUCUUUGGGGAUGUUGACACUACUACUGAAAGAGCUGUUAAAGAUGAAGCUGAAGUAGAUAUAAAGAGUUCCCACAGGCUUACACGUACUCUUCCUCCCAGAACAUACAAUGAAGACUAUGAAAACACAGAAGAUGAAGAUCUUGAAGAAGCUGAGGACGUCAUGCCAAUUAAAGAGGAAGCUGUGGAAGGGGAUGAGUUGUAUGGCAAAAGCAGCAAUUUCACACCUUCCAAAUCGACUCCUCUUCGAGAUGUUGAGGAACAAGCUGGUAAUCCUCAUAUAGAAAAACAUCUGGAAUCUGGUGCCCCAGGAAGAACAGAGGUCAGAGGCAGAACUUCAAGAAGGACGAAAGAGACACCUAUUAAAUAUCGGAAGACUUCACCACCAGUGCAAAAGAGAAGGAGAAAACCGAAACCCAAACAAGAAAUGGCCAACAAAACCCAGAAUCAAGAGGAGGAAUUUCCAUGUAAAAAAUGUGGCAGAAUCUUCUACAAGGUGAAAAGUCGGAGCGCUCACAUGAAAAGCCAUGCCGAGCAGGAGAAAAAGGCUGCAGCUCUGAAAUUGCGGGAGAAGGAGGCGGCAGAGGCAGAGGCGGCAGCAGUGGCAGCGGCGGCAGCGACGGCAGCACAAGCACACAGUAGGGCUCAGCAGGAAGAAAGCAGCAACAGUGGGAGCAGUCGUGGGAGCAGUAGCAGCAGUUCAGAUGAAGACGGCGAUGUUUAGCCCAGGACCCCCAAAGGCUGAGAGCCCAGUUCUGACUGCUCCAGCCUUGCUUCUACUUCCUUUCCUUCUUGCUUGAACCGUACUUGGUAAAUUUUUUAAAGGAAAAAAAUAUAUAGUGACCACAAAAAUCUCUAUUUUUAAAAAAAAAAACAUUUUAUGGAUUAUUUUAUUUAUAAAUAACUUUCUGUAUCAACUUAAUGAAUGGAAGUCUGUUUUCCUUCAGCUCCUGAACUUGCCAGGAAUCAUGGCAUAAGCCUUAAAUAUUUUACCCUCUGCUGAGAGAGAAAUUUGUCAAAUGCUCUUGAUAGUAUCUGAAUUACUUCGGGUGUAAAUUCAAGGAGCCACAUAGUGUUCUUCAUAUACUUCUUUCUUUCAUCUCCAAGUUUACUUUCUGGCUUGGAGCUAUUUGUCUCCUUCAUAUAAGAGUUUUUUGUUUCUCCAGCUGGUAGAUAAACCAGAAUCUGUGAGUAACUUCUCUAGGGUGAGUAAAGAGACUAUUGCUUUUAAGAGACAGCUCUUUAAGAGUGGAAAUAUUAUAGUUAGUAUUUGUUUGGAACUACCCCUGUUAUGUUGAGUCAUAUAAAGUUGAUCACGUAUGUCUCCAGAGUUGGCCAAAAGAAUUAGGGAUGAGUUCUGGGAUAUUUCACCUCUGUAGUUCUGUGGUAGAACAAACAACUUUACUUGCACAAGAACCCAUGUAUGAUUUUGGGUUAAUGAGUGAGGCAGAUUUCUGUCCAAAUUAUUAAAAGAGCCACAAUUAUGAGAAAAUCCAUGGCAUUAUUCUGCUGGGAGAUAGCAUUCAUUCAUCAGAGUCCAUUUGCAAUAACCAUUCUUAUUCCAAAUCUUAGCAUGUAGAUCAGGGAUGUCAAACUUGUGUCAUCACGUGACAUAUCAUGACUUUUUUUCCCCCUUUGCUAAACGUGGGCGUGGUAUACAGCUGGUAUUCAGUUUGAUACUAUAGCCCAAUGGAUUAGAUCGGGGUCUCCAACCUUGGCAACUUGAAGUCCACAAGUCUUCAAGUUGCCAAGGUUGGAGACCCCUGGAUUAGAUAACUAGGGGUCCACCAUGAAAGUGCAUUGUUUUUACCUGAAUAGACUUGAGUGCUUAAUUGUCCAUUUGAAUGCUUCAACUGGCUUACAAAAAAAAAGCUAUUUUUUAAAACAGUUAUGAUAUUUAUUCCUUUUUUUAAAAAAAAAAAAGCACGGUUUGCAAAGGUAGACUGAGUAUACUCAAGAUAAUAGAAAUAAGGAUCAUGUGGCAUUGAUUCAUAUGUAUUUGCACCCUCAGGACGACCCUUCUAUUGAGGUAUCUGCCAACUAAAUGACAGUUUCAUUUAGAUGUUUUGCACUGUACCUGGACCCAGAUAUCCGGAGUCAAGAAUACCAAAUGUGCGGGGGGAAAGAAAAGUAUUAAGAAAUGAUGCACCAAGCCAAAUUUAUCUAAGAACUUUGUCCUUCUGUACCAAUCAGCAAGUAUUUGCAAUUAUCUUAAUAAUUACGGACGGUUAGCUUCACAUUGCUACAGUAAAGAGCAACUUUCUGUCUGGCAAUACAAAGAAAAGGAGGGUGCACCAGAAGACAGAAAAAGAAUGCUUAGCAGAUAAAGAUGGGACACCCAAACUGCUGGGUUAUAACUUUCAAAUUCUCAUGUCUGCAGAAAAUUCAGCUGUAAAUGGAAAAGUCCUGAAAAAUAAGUCUUCUAUAGCCACAGGGUCAUGAAAGCAAAGAAUUGCAUUAAUAAUCUGCAGAAGAACCUUUAUUGAAUAAACCAUGCUGGAAUUGCUCUUCAGCAGGGUUUUUUUUCCCCCUAGAACCGGUUCAAGACUCAAGUUUCUAGAAGUUUAUGUAGAAAUGUAUUGAAAAGCUAUAACUUUCCCAGCCACAGAAGAUUGAAAGUCUUUUGGACAAAGGGCAAAUCAGAGUGAUUGCAGCAAGCCAAAGUUGGAUUGCCCCGACAACUAAAUAGCAAUUAAUCCUACCCAGCUGCUGGUUAUAUUCUGCCUGCUGAGUUACAUGAUCAGCAGAAUUUUUUAUGGAGCAACUUUUACCAUAUAAGAUUACUAGUACAGCUACAAGACAUUACAUAUUUCAAAUACUUCUUUUUCAUAGCACACAAAACCAAACCAUUAUCGGAAUAUGCAAAGAAUUAGCAUUUUGAAUGUUGAAAAUAAGUUUCAGCCUUCUUUCUCAACAUGCUAAGCUAGAUGCGUUUCAUGUGGACGAAUGCUGAAAUUGACUAUCCCUUACUUGCAAUCUGAGACAGAAACAAUCCCAGGAGCCGAUCAUGUGAACCUGUUCUUUGAAGAACAGAGCAGGUACUUUGCAUGCAGGAGGCCUCUGUUUGCAUUCAAGAUUAGCCAAUAAGAGAGCUAGGAAGGCAAUCUGUUAGAGGGGAUGUUCUCAGGCCAUUGUUGCAGCUUAAUACUUACUGAGCUAAGUAGACAGUGUAAUGCAGGAGUGUCAAACUCUAUUUCAUUGAGGGCCGCAUAAGGGUUGUGUUUGACCUCAGGUGGGCGUGGCCAAGGUAGGCAUGGCCAGCUUGAUGUCACUUGUGUCAGGGGUGUCUGUGGUGGCCCAAUUACUCAGCCAGUGAAAAUGGGCUCCCGAGCUCUGUUUUCAGCUGUGACCACCCUCUGCCAGUGAAAAUGGAGGGGCCCCCCCAGCUCCAUUUUCACUGGCAGAGGGCAGCAGGAGGCCAUCGUGGCUAAAAACAGAGCCUGGGAGGGCCGCAGGAGGCCCUCCCGAGCUCCAUUUUUGCUGCCAGAGGCACCGUGAGCUGGUCCUUUGCUGUUUCUAGGAUGGCCCCAUGGGCCGGAUCCAGCCCCCAGGCCUUGAGUUUGACAUCCCUGGUGAAAUAGAUUGUACAGGAAUUUUUUUUAAAGGUUCAGGGUCUCAUAAUGCAGAAUAUUUGCCUUUAAACCUUUUUCUCCCUGUAACAUAUGGACAAUGCCAAUCUGCCUCUAAAGUGAAUUCUUCCAACGUGUUUAAAAAGCAGCCUUCAAUUAAAGGUAAUUCCUUUCUUUUUAACCUGCUUCAAAGCUACAAUUAGAGCAUCAAGAAAGUCUCUAUUUACACUAUUUUUGCACAGUGAUGUUCUCCUUCCAGAUCACAAUUUUGCACAAAUUUUAGCUUUUAAUACACAAUAUAAUGAAGUAAAAGCAAUGCAACCAGGCUUUUGACCUCAUUUUCAAAAACGGCUGGUCUCAAUCAUGUUUUCCUUUGUACUUAGACUGUGUGAAUUCCAGCCCAAACAGGAAAAUUAUCUUGUUUAAAUAAUUCACUCGGGAUCUUGAGAAAAGCAACAUUUGCUUUCCCAACCGUUGCUGCCUUGAAAGUCAGCAUUAAAUUUAAUCAAUGUCAUAUGUUAAGAGAAAAUAUAUAUAUUUUUUGGAAUGAACAAAGUAUCCAAAUGGUAUUUUUUAGAAAGAAAAAAGGGAUGUAUGUGGAACAAAUUACAAAAGUAUUUUGUUCCUGGGUGGAACAUGUUCUUCCCAAAUAUAAUUGCUACAAUCCAGCACAGAUGCACUUUGCAAUUCAUUGUGUGGCAUUUUGUAGCUAUUAAAAGACUUAUAAAUAGGAUUCCUUACAAGUGUAUUUAUAUCAGUAAUAAUGCAUCAGUGAACCAAUCCAUCAACUAAUUUUUGUAAUAGAUAGAAUAGAAUAGAAUUUUAUUGGCCAAGUGUGAUUGGACACACAAGGAAGAUUAUAUUCAUGGCAAAUACAUAUGGGAAUAACUUUGGAUGCACUUUGAAAGGCACAAUCCAGUAGUUUGUCACAACUAUCCAGUUCACAUAAAUGGGAAUUCAUUUAGUUUUCAUACUAUAUCAUAAGAUGAAAAAAUUGAUUAAUGUGUUUCUUUAGGCCACAGUAAAACUGACUUGCCUAUACUGCUGUUUCCCUCCUCUCCCUUUUUUUUUAAAUAGAGCAUGUACUUGGACAGGGAAGGAAUGCAUUUAUGCAAAUAUAGCAAGCAGUCUGAUGGGGAGUUAAGCGAUAAAAGCAAGGAAAUGCUGCCUACUUCCUCUUUUCUGAAGCUGGGCAGAAGCAGAAAUGGUAGUCUAGACCAGGGGUCUCCAACCUUGGCAACUGUGGACUUCAACUCCCAGAAUUCCUCAGCCAGCUAACUGAGGAACUCUGGGAGUUGAAGUCCUCAAAUCUUAAAGUUGCCAAGGUUGGAGACCUCGGUCUAGAUAGAAUAUGUUCUAGAAUCAAUCUACAGCUGAUGAGCAGGAAGGUCAUGUCCUGACCGGAGAUUUAUUUCAGUGGUCAUGGCACUGUGCUGAAGAUUUAUAUAUAUGUACGUUAAACACAUCUGUGAUUUCGAGGUGUGUGCUUACACUAAAGGUGUGCCUGAAUUGAAGUCUCAUUAUAGAACCAGCUUGUUUCAACAGUGGGUAGAGUCACCAGUGGCAUGUUAAUUGCUGGGUGCAAUAUAGUAGCUCUAAAACUUUAAUUGAUCUCAUAAUAAUUGGUCCGGAUAUUGGAUCUCCUCUUCUUCUUGAUUACUUUUGUAGUCCAAAUGUAUUUUCCACUUUCUUUCUACAUUUACUAAUCUGGAAUAUCCCAUUUCUGAUUAUUAGCCAGUACAUAAAACUCAUUAGUUUUCUUAUACCUAGGUAACUUUAAGUGAGAGAACCUUUAUAAAUCCCCAGAUCUUCAUUUUGCACAAUGUUACCUGUCCAUUCUUCCUCAGAUAUUUUCAUAUUAAUAAACUUCCCUGUUAUGGAGAGAUCUUUUUCUCACUAAAGAUGGUAGAUGGUUCAGACAUUGCAUUAAAUUCACAGUUGCUUUGGUUAGGCAAUUGAGUGGCAUAUACAUUUAAUCAAUAAAAUGUUUAUUUUAAAUACAAUUGUUUAAACACAACAAGUUAAAAUUAGCCUUGUAAAGGAGCAAAGAAUUAUUCAUCUAAUUCUUGAUUUAUUUCUUCUUCAUUUUAUUGUUUUCUUGUCCUAUAACUUCAUGAAAUGCUUAAAAGAAUACACAAAUAAACCAGGGUGUGUCAGGAAAUCACACAUAAACCAUGCAUGAUUAUUUACGCAUCACAGUUCUUAGGUUGCUACUUGUAAGUAAAUAAUCAUAUCAUAGUUUUAAUGCGAUGUGCGAGAUCAGCAGCUAUAUGCAAACCUACCUUAGAUUCUUACGAUAAAUGUAUAUGAAUAAACAUGGCUUGAAUUUAUUUUUCUUCCUGCUCAUAAUGCAAAAUGUAUGGCACUUAAGACACUGAAUACUCUGUUACUCAGCUGCAGCUGAUAUACCUAUUAUGAAAUAACUUUAUAUUGCAGGUGUAAUCAACAUUAAUGGAAGAAUACUUCAUUUUGAAACUCUUUGAUAUGGUAGAUGCUGUACUUUCCCAAUACAUUGCAAUUACUUUACAUCAGGCACAACUAUAUUAAAGGUUCUGACAGUGAUUGAUAAUGCUGCAAAAAGGGAGUUGGAAGCCGUUAAUAUAUGCGUUUGUUUUCUAUGAUUGCUACAUUUGCAAAUGAACAAUUGUUAGUAAUACACAUCUGGAUAAUCUCAUUUAGAAGCUAUGGACUUAAAUUCAGUGGACUUCUAGUGAUCUAAUCCAUGCAGUUUUCUUGGCAGAUACCAAAGUGAUUUUAUAUUCCCAUCUUCUGGAAUGCUAGUUCAACAUUCCAGUCCAGUAUUAACUAUGAUCAACCUUGCUUAGAUUUGGAGAUCAACAAAGAUUAGCUAGGGGUGAGGUUCUUCUGUUCUCCUUGAGACUUCUGAGUGGACAUGCAUUGCCCAUCCAUUGAGCGUAAGAUAGUUGAAGAUGCCAAUUAAAGUUCCUUUAGUCAUCAGUCAUCUUUAAAACUAGUUUUAAUUAGGCUGUACCUCCCUUUGCAUAAUUACUAAAUCUCUGAUGUAGUUGGAGAACUGCAAUUCAACAUUUUGCUUGCUUUACUCAUAUAUUCUGACCCGUUUUCUUUUUUGCUUUAUGCUUGCCAGAAGAGUGUGGAAUAAUGUACCACUCAUGUCUGGAAAAUGUUGUUUCUUCCCUUAGCCCAAUUUAUAAAUGUUUGCAUCCCAAUACUUCCCAGUGUGCCUCUACUCUCUUCUCAUAUAUAUGGCCGCCUGCUGUGACUCACUGACUCACAUUUUUUUCCAAAGAAAUGGAAGCUGCACAAAUGCUUCUCCCCUCCCACCCCCAAUCAAUGAUAAUUUUAAUCCCAUGUAUGCUACCAUGUAUGUUACUGAAUUCUUCCAGAGCCAAGUUUGGUGGUCAUUUCAGGGAACUAUUCAGGAUUUCCUGCCCAAAUUGUAUAGAAAUGUGUAAAGUUUGAGACAGGUUGUGGCCCUAAUCUCCAGCUGCUUACAUUUCUUUUUUGUCUCUCUCCUUUCCUUUUUGGAAUGUGAGAUUUUAUAUCAACAGCUGAAGCUAUAAAAAUCCCCCACCUGCUUGUAUUCAGAUAAAUUUCUGCGAGACUGUGUAUAUAUGUAUGUAUGUAUGUA